UUGCAUUUCAAUUCUACUAGCAUUCAAUUGCUUGUCGGCGAGUGGAAAAAUCUUGCGACUUCCCUGUUCAUUCUAUUCCGAUCUUUCUUUGGUGUAUAAAAAUUCCCGACUAUUGGUUGGAAAACUAGAUACUUCAAAUGUAAAAGAUGACCUUGAAUGUGUGCAGAAAUGUAUUCUGCAUGAUUCAUGUCAAUCCAUAAAUUACAACGACGUAACAAAAGAAUGCGACUUGUUAGAAAGUACAAUUGUUGAUGGUGGCAACAAUGCAACUAGCGAAGUUGAUUGGACACACUAUGAAACUGAUCCUGGUAAUAAAGAGGUUGGUAAUGUUUGUUCCAGCUUAUCACCUUGUAAAGGUCAUUAUUGCGAGGAUAUUUGUGAAUCUCCAGGAUUUAACUGCACAUGUCUUGAUGGAUACUAUGGAGAGAACUGUGAAAGAGGUGACAUAUACACUUGUCCAACUACGCUUGUCAGUAUAUUAAUAACUAGUCCAAAGGGCCCGUUUAAAAAUUCACCUAGGCAGAAACACAUUGGAAAAUACAUCUUUAUGUUUUAGUUGUUUUGCUGACGACAGCAGCGCGUAUAAAAAUAGAUAUUUUGAAUAAAUUUUUCAAUCUGUUUCCUGUGAUGUGUACGGCUUAAAACACUGAUGAAAAAUAUGUAUAUAUAAGAUCAUGUACUUUUGAUUAACAAAACUGACAACACCUACAGUAACUUCUCCCCAACAAAAGUUUAUAACACAAAAUAUGAAAGGACAUCAGCUAACACAACAGCCUACAGUAAAGUCUAUUAUAAUUUGUUCUUUCGGUAUAUUGCAUGUGGUCUAUAUUACCAAAAAAUUUCAAAAAACAGCACAAUAUAAAUGGACAAACAUACCAUCCUCUCCUGGAAUCCUGGAAAUUUUUAACCAAAACUGUCAUAUACCCACAUAAUUUUUCCUCCAAAAUGUCAACAGUCGUUUUAAAAAGAUAACCUUUGUAAAUAUGUAAAAAAAUUUAAAAAGCAUGAACAAGAUGAAAACGGCAGGUUUUAAGCUAAUGCUACCAUGCAAGCGUUUAUAUUUAUGAUUUAUAUUUAUGAUUUAAGGAAACGGUAACGUGUGAUUUCAGGUUAAUAAGGUUUGGAACACCUAUCAAAGCGUUUCCAGUAAAAUCUUUAAUGGAUAUAUUUAUGAUUUAAGGAAACGAUGACGUGUGAUUUUAAGUUUAAGUGUGAGUUUAAGUUUAUAACACCUAUCAGACAUGCGACACUAUCUUUAUUUGCAAUUAAAACCUCCCCUUCAAAAACAUUUUUCGAAGCUAAGUGUAUGUCUUUGUGAUUUAAAGCGCAAUAAUUUAACAUUUAAACAGCUUCUAAAAUUUGUUACGUCCACGGUUUAUUUGGGUGAUUGUGAGUUGUGAAUUUUCUCGUGAGGAGAGACAUUUGCUAACUUAACAAUUAUCCGAAUACAGUAAUUUUUAAUACGUUUAAUAACCAUCUGCUUUGAAAUGUCUUUUAUGGUCAAUCUGAUCCUGUGGAAUCGUGUAAAUGGCUGAAGGAAAAGUUUCCAAAUGCAAAGAGUGGAUUUUACCCCUUACAAUACGACUAUGGAAAUAUUUCUGUAUACUGUGAUAUGGAAACUUACGGAGGUAAAUAAGCUGUGUAAUCUCAUAUAACUUUUGCUUGCGUUAAAUUUUAUGGACCUUCUUAACGUUUAUUGAAGCUUAUGAUAUCUUCUUUUUUAAAUAUCGAAGUUCGAAAACGUCUAACAUGUUGUUGGUUGGCUUUGCAUUAAUUAUUCUCUUGUGCAUUGUUAUAUUUAUUUGUUAUUAAUACUGCUAAGAGAAUGUAUAUGGAUAAUAGGAACAUAAAAAUGUAGUAGCUUUUUUAAGGAAACCGAUUAACAGAAAUGAUGUCAUUUAUGAUUCAAUGAUGUAUUUCCUAAAUAUUUCGGGAGAAACAUUAUAAUGCGAUUUUAUUUUAAAGAUAAGGAUCUGCCUUUCCCCUAUCGCAAUAUUUUAUUAAAAUUACAUUUCUCUCGCUUGUAUUAUAAAAAACACCUUACGAAGGUUUUCACGUAUUGUUUAUUAGGAGGUUGGACAAGAAUUGGUAAAGCAGUACAAGACGGUUCAUUACCUGACAAGUCUUUCAUCGGAAGUGAAAUAUCUGGCGGUAUCGCAUCUCUUAGAAAAACAAAUCAGUUUCUCUUAACUCCUUCUGGUUUUAAAGAACUCAGAGACAUCAUUAGUUUCACCCAACUCCGCGUGUACUGUCACAAACCUAGUCACGGCAGAACCAUCCACAUUGUAACAGUAAACAAUUACAGGGGAUACGACGUGCUGGAUUACUUAAGUGGAUUAACCGAUACUCAACCGGCUUCAUGUGGCUCUUACAUCCGUGUUAAUAACGACAAAUCUAUUCUUGCAUCUACGUGUGGAAUGUGGGGAGAAACAGGUCUUUGGGGUAGUUUGGAUUCAGAUCAACUUAUUCGAUUGUAUGAUCAUUUCUUCUAUAUUUCAUAUAAGGCUCACAUAAAUUUAAAAGGUGGUGGACGGCUUGAAUGUGACGAUUUUUAUGGUUAUCCAGGAUUCUCCACAACUGGGGUGUGGCAGUUUUUUGUAAGAUGAAUCGAUUAUGGAGUUCUCUUUUAUAUUUGUAUCAGCAAAUAAGUUAUAAUAUUAUCUGUCAUUGAGUUAAAGGUUCCUCUUUCAAAGAUACAAGAUCGGUGAACAGUCUGCCUACGAAACACCACCAUUAAUCGUGCUUUCUCACCCUACUGAUGAAAUUUCCUUUAGCAACACGUGCAGAUUAAUCGCCACAAUUAACCAUUCAGGUACCUUAAAAUCAAGACAUUACUGGGCGUUUAUUAAAGUUCAACGAAACACUUGGCUUAAGUGCAAUGACCACUGCGUUUCAGAAGUCAAUUCAUCUCACUUGAACAAUUCAUCCUGUUGCAUACUAUUUCUUACCAGGACUUAACUUUUUCCAUGCCAUGCCAUAAAAUCAAAUUGGGGGAGGGAAUAAAUUUCCCUAGCAGUUUUAAUUUACCCCAGCUAAUCCUUGGCCGGUUAGUUUACCGUGAUAUAGGAGUUUGCUCACUCCGUUCUCUCUUUUGAGAUCCUGUAAGAAGCAUAGUAAGGGGGCUAUACUUUUUGUCUUGUCUUUGGGUUUGACGGUCCCAUUUGUUACCCCAGUCCAGUAGGGAGGCAGAGUUUGCUCACUUUGCCUUUACGAUUGACGAUCCUGCUGCUUUGAGUCAUUUUAGAAGCUUUGCAAAGAGGUUUGAUAUUAUUACCUUGUCUUCGUGGUUUCACACGCACAUCACCCCAGUCAUGACAAGCUGGCAAUUUCAUUAGGUUGACCCACCACAGCAAUGAUCUGCGUAAGGCUGAGUGUUGCGCGCCCUUAACACGUGUAAAGCUACAGCCAGGUUCACAAGUCCUGGCACACAGAUUGUUGCCUGCUUUAGUUUACAUUUGUUUCGUUAGGAAUUAUUCUAAGAUUUAUCCGUUUAAGGAUAGUUUUAUUUAUUUUACGUGUGCCUAUUAAUUCAGUUUGAAUUGCCUAAUUGUUUUGUUUGUUGUCUUUUUAUGUUUUUUUAUUAGUGUUUUGUGCUUUGUCACUGUUUUACGCGUCCUGUUUAAUGGUUAAUGUAUUUUUUCUGACAGCAUGCUUGUUAAAAGGGAGGGUUUUGUAAUUAUUCCGAAUCGGAGAGGUACAACCUCUAUAAUAUCUAACCAGCCGUCAUUAGACAAGCUAUAUCACAACAGCCAGCUGUUUUGUCACUUCAUCAUUAACAUAUAGGUAGCUAUAGUUAUAACAUUCUUUUAAGUUACUUUUUAGCCUAGCUAUAGGCUAUAGCUACACUUUUAGUUGCUGUGGUGAAAAUCUUUAUUUAUUAAGAAAAGAAAGCAUCCAGAAGCCAAUGUGGGGAUCGGCUAAAAGCUACUUGAAAAGUCUUAACCAGUUCUUAGCUAACUCCAAGUUGCACUUCCUAGUAUUUGUUACACAUAUAAUUAUGAGUAGAGAGUUCCAAAUAAAUAAAUAUUUAAUACUUCGUGCUUACUAAUUUACUAUUAUCAUUCAACCAUCUCCAUCCAUCUCCAUCCAUCCCACUUUGUUGACUUUCUUGCGUUAAAAAGGAGCAUGCUACCAGCUGCGAUCAUGAUGAUGAGGUGACAAAACAGCUAGCUGUAAUGAUGUUUUUUGUCUAAUGACAGCUGGUUCUAAUAUAGUUAAGAGGUUGCAACACUCUAAAGACUUUUUUAAAAAGCAAAAUCCCCCUUUUUGCAAGGUUUUCCUAAGAACAUUGACAGUAAUGAGGCAGAAAAAUACAACGGCAACCGAACACAACAAGUAGAGACUCCAAUCGCAUACCAUAACAUAUAUACUAUAUAUAAAAUAUGAUGUAAAGGUAAACAAAGAUGGUACAUGAGAACUGACGGUAGACUACUGUAAGAAGAAGAAGCGAUGGUGGACAGCAUAUAGUGGUUUUUCAGUUUGUAUUAGUUUUUGUUUUUGUUGUUUUCCUGCUGUAUUAAAAUAUCUUAAUAAAACAAGCCUUCACUGACUCUCCCAUUGAAUUAUGGGGCGCCAAAGUGUUUGCUUUUCGCUCAAAAGUGAAAAGUGUUUUACUUGAAACCUCCUUCGAAACUUAGUGAGAAAUAAAGUGUUCAUGCUCUGUGAAUUCCCACCAACUGUGAGUAUUACUAACUAUCUCAUGCGCACGUAAUAGACCCUAUCGUAAUCCUAAGCUGUGGGAAUUUGCUCUGUUAUUUGUUCUUCAUGUUUGUUUUAGUAGGUAUAUAUGGCUGAGUAUCCUCAAUCACCUGGACGAUAUGCCAGGGCCGAAGAUUUGUCACAAUCAUCAUGUUCGGUGAGAAUUUUUAGUACAUAUAUCGAAUCAUGACAAAAAAUCAAUGACUUUACUACAAACCUGUUUUGUUAGUUCCAUAUUAGCUAAUUAGCUAUUUCACUUCUGCUGAAAGUUCAUCUGUAAAUAAUUAAGACAUAGCAUAUAUAUGUUUUUGUUAUUUUUGCUUAAGAUAUCCUCCUCGGGCCUGAUGAUAAAAGAAACGUUGCCAAACGUAAACAAUUGAUUAUCAUGCAACGGCCUUCAGCAUGCCGAAAAGGUGUUGGAAAAAUGUAUUGAGGCAAUCGAGUGGGAGGUUCCGUUUACUAGGAAAUGCAACUUGGUUAUUUUGAACGUCAGUGUAACAUUACAAUGAUUGAGGACACUGUUUUGUCUUUGGCAUCAUAUGACUGCAUUGAUGGCAUAUUUUUAUGCUGCAUAGUUCGACCAUCACACGAUGAAAACUCUGCCAUGUGUCGCUUCUUUAAAUUUGGAGCAUUUAGGAAGAAAAUAUUUUACAAAGAGGUGGCAAGCCACGGCAAUGAUGAACUCAACCUGUUAGGUCUUUGGAAAUAAGCUAGAGGUUGUACUCCUCUAGAGAACAUGCCUCUAAAAGCACAAUUCUCCCUUUUUACAAGGAAUUAAUUAAAAAAUAUAAAAAAAUAAAAAGGACACAACACAUUUGAAAAGAUGAACAGAACUUUAACUAAGGGCAGGUAGGUUUCGACCCAUAUUUCUGAAAAGUGCCCUGGAUGUCUAGCUGGGUCACCUCGAAGAUCAUGUGUGAUCAAACCCCCCUGCUAAUACUUUUUUUUUAACUGGGGUAAUAAGUGGAGUCGUCACUCUCCAAAGACAAGACCUAGUAUGAUCAAACCCCCUUGCUAACUUAAUUUUUAUUUGAUUUUGUUUUAUUAUUGACUGGGGUAAUAAGUGGAGUCGUCACUCUCCAAAGACAAGACUGAGUGUAGUCAAGCCCCCUUGCUGACUCAUUCCGGUUAAAAUAUUCCUAUCUCAGCUCUUCUAAAAAGAAAACAUAUGACUCGUGACUGUUAAUAAGGGGGUCAUCACAGAAAAUUACUGCUCUAUCGUUGCAAUGUAUUUUCCUGCCGUAUUGAAAUUUAUAUUUGUUAUGUAAUUUGUGUUGUCCUUGUGUUGUCCCGUUUGUGCUCUGCUGUAGAGUUCGCUCUGCGGUGGAGUACGAGAUGCAUUAUAUUCGUUAGUUUUGUGUUGUGAUGUCCCGUGUUAAUUAUGUAAAAAGAAUAAUUGUAAUUUUGGUACUAUUUUUAGUUAAAUUUUCCCCUUGAGUCUGUUUUGUUUUGCACAUCUUGCACAUCCUUUUUCUGUGCUAGCAGUCUUCAACAUGUAGCGACAGGGUCGAACAUACAUUAUAGUAAUAAAUUCGCUGUUGAGUGAAAUUAGUCUUUCGUACAUCACAGGAGUUGUUCUGCAUUUGAGCAUUAU